CAACUCUGUGUACAUUGAAUUUCAUGUUUACUUGUAUUUUUGGUAAUUAUUUACUCAAAAAUAUAAUCAACUUUAAUUAAAAUAACAAAAUUUUAUUACAACAAUAAAGUCUAUAACAAUUAUAAGAAAUUACGUUAAUAAAAUAUCAAAAAUGACGAGUUCGGUAACUACAAACCCAUCAACUUUAUUGCCAUUAGAAUUAAUUGACAAAUGUAUCGGCAGCAGAAUUCAUAUCAUUAUGAAGAAUGAUAAAGAAAUUGUUGGAACCUUGCAAGGAUUCGAUGACUUUGUUAAUAUGCUCCUGGAGGAUGUUACAGAAAGUGAAGCUACCCCGGAAGGUCGUAGAGUUACAAAGCUUGAUCAAAUUCUUCUUAAUGGAAGUAACAUUACAAUGCUGGUUCCUGGAGGAGAGAUGCCAGAAACAUGAAACAAAAACACUUCUAUUCAUUUAAUCCUUACCAAUACUUAUAUAAGACUUUAAUAAUUAGUUUCCAUAAUAAAUUUUUCUUGAUAAAUUA